CUUCUUCUCCGAAGCGAAGGACCAGAGUCAACCGAUCUUCACAGGAAGAGCAAUGGCGAGGUCGACCACCAAGGACGCUCAAGCCCUUUUCCACUCUCUCCGCUCCGCCUAUUCUGCCACUCCUACGAAUCUUAAGAUCAUUGAUCUCUAUGUGAUUUUCGCAGUCUUAACAGCUAUUAUUCAGGUGGGCUACAUGGCUAUUGUCGGAUCAUUCCCAUUCAACUCCUUCCUUUCAGGAGUACUUUCCUGUGUUGGGACUGCAGUCCUUGCUGUUUGUCUCCGCAUUCAAGUUAACAAAGAAAACAAGGAAUUCAAAGACCUACCACCAGAACGGGCUUUUGCUGACUUUGUUCUCUGCAAUUUGGUGCUCCAUUUGGUGAUCAUUAACUUCAUGGGUUAAAAUUUUAGGAGGGAUACCUGCUCCAAUCUUGACAGUGAGUGUUAUAUGAAUAGUUAUGUGGCUAUUUUUCUUAGGGCGUGUAAUAUGGAGAUCACCAUUUUACAACUGGUGAACAAUUGGAAUUUUGGGGGGUUUUUUUUGGCUCGGAUUUAGCAGUCAUACUUAUCUAUUAUAUUAAACCAAUGAAUUGGUGUAUCAUUGCUCUUCGUA